AUGAACAAACAGGAGGUGAAGGAGAACGAAGGGGAUGGUGUGAAAUCGAGUGACCGAGUUGCGCCGAAGAAUCCGAGGUGGGCAGUUUAUGGGAAGGGAUUGGAGGAUGUUGCAGAGUUCUUUAACAGUGGGAAUUAUGAGCCUAGCGUUAAGAAAUCUGAAGGACCCCGUAAGUUGCUUUCGAAACAGGAAAAGGCUCUGCUUAAUAAGCGAAAACCUGAUAUAGCUGUUGCUACCUCUAGCAAAUGGCUACCCCUGCAUACUCUUGCUGCAUCAGGAGAAUUUUACCUUAUGGAUGCUUUAUGGAAACAUAAUGCUGAUAUCAAUGUCGUGGAUAAGGAUGGUUGGAGCGCUUUUCACAAAGCAAUUCUUGGGAAAAACCAGGCCAUCACGAACUAUCUUUUGAGAGAAUCAGCUAAUCCAGUUGUUCGUGAUAAAAUUCACCUAGAUGGCGCCACCUUGAUGCAUUAUGCCGUCGGAACAGCUUCCAGUCAAGCAAUCAAAAUUCUUCUGUUAUAUAAUGCUUCUCAUCUCCUUGAUGUGGAACCGUAA